AUGGAAGGGGAGGUUGAAGAAGAAGAAGAAGAAGCGUUGUCAUUGUGUGAUCUUCCAAUCAAUGAAGAGAAUCAAUCAAGAAAAGAAGAGGUUCCAAUUCCAAGAACCAAUGAAAUACAAGAAGACUUUGAUUUCUGCUCUUUUUCGAAAGAAUCCGAAAUGUGUGCGGCUGAUGAAGUUUUCUAUCAAGGCCAAAUUCUUCCACUGCGUAAUUCAGUUAGCUCGGAGAAAGGCUUAAACGGAUAUCGAAGCGACAGCCGGUGCAUUUCUAGGAGUGCAUCAAUGGAUCGUUGUUAUUCAGUUGGGUUCGCAAGUGUCAGCAGUAGAAGUAGCAGCAUCAGAAGCCACCAAUCUUCAAGCAGUGGCAGUUCUAGCAGCAUUAAAUCAAAUAAUAUCCCUAGACUUCGAAAUCAAUUCCAUUCCCACCCAAGUCCAACACCCCAGCUUCGUUUAUCGAGCAUUAAGCAAGGAAAUCUUCGUAAUUCCCACAGGAAAUCCUCACUUUGGAGCAUUUUCCGUGUGGGAUUAGUCACCCCACCAGAAAUCGCAUUGCAAGAUCUCAAAAUUCGACACGAGAAUAACAACAAUAACAAGAACUUCGGCAGUCGAAACAGCACUAGCAGCAACAGUAGUGACUUUAGCAACGUUAGUAACAACAAAAAGAAAUCCAGAUUCUUUGACAAAAAUGGUGUUCUAUUUAGUGGUUGCAAAUGUUCAGCCAAUGCAGUAGAAACAGUUUCUCCUAGAGUCGUGUUCAUCAAGAGAAGUGCCAGUGAAAACGAAGCCCACGAACUUCAACUCCAAGAGAAUAAAGUUGGAACGAUGAACUCGACAAAGAAUCAGCAUCAUCAGCAGCGGACAAAAAAACAAGCAUUGUCACGUCAUAGAACGUUUGAAUGGUUAAAGCAGCUUUCUCUUGAAAGUGCGACAGAUGAAGCGUUGCUUCCAAUGUAG